AUGCCGAAUACUAAACCGGAUCCCAAAAGAAAGAAAACCAUCAAUGAAUACAAAUCACACACAGUCCCCAAUUCGCCCUCUCCCAAAAUUCCUGUCCUAGAAUCUAUCCCAUCUGCCCAACAAUUCUUUAAUGAUUUUAUCCGACCUCGAAAACCAGUGAAAUUCACCGUUUCUCCAAUUAUCAAGUCAGAAAACUUCACAAUUGCAAACCUUGAGACGACUUUGGACUAUGAUCUGGAACUACAAGUCGAGAAGAAAUAUGAGGCUGGAUUUGGAUCUGGUCAAAAGAGAGUUAAGAUGGCUUUGAGGGAGUUGGUGGAUGAGAUUAAGGCUGGUAAUGAUGGAUAUUAUUUAACUACCCAGUAUGAUUUUGAUGGUCCUGAUGCAGUGGAAGAGGAUAAUGAUGAUGACGAAGAUGAAUUGGAAGAUUUUGGAGUACUUGGAAAUGAAGAUGGUGAGGAGGAGGGCCCAGGAUUAUUUGAUAAAUUUUCCGAAACCUCUUCCAUGCCAGACAUCUCCAACCUUCAUGAUGACUUUGAGGAUGAUUUCGAACAGGACAUAAUCCAAGGCAUGCCAAUUCCAGAAAUCAGAUCACGCAUUCGAGAACUCUAUCAACCCCCACUCACAAACUUAGUCCAUAGUCCAGAAAUCCUCCCCACGAUUCCAGACCUAUUCUCCUCUCUCAUCCCUCAACAAAUCAAUAUUUGGAUGGGAUCAACUAGCCCAGGAGAGAACCAAUUUGCUAUUGAUCCCAAGGAUGAGAAAUUAGGAUUGGGAAAACAGCUCCCAGGAAAAAUCAAAGGAACUUCAUCCGGACUUCAUCAUGACCAUGCAGAUAAUCUAUACGUGCCUAUCUCGGGUCGAAAACGAUUCACACUUUUUUCGCCCGCUGAUGCGUUAAAAUUAUCCACCGUAGGUGAAAUUCGUAAGAUUUAUAAUUCUGGUAUAAUCGAUUAUGAACCGAAUGAAAAUGCGGUCGGGUGGAGGUCAUUAAGGGAUGAUGGUGCGAUGGUGGAGGAAAUAAUCAGAUGGAAAUUGGAUAGUUUGGAAGAAGAAGAACAAUCUGAAGAACGUAGGAAAUUGUUGGAGGAAUUACAAUGGAUGAUUAAGAAUAGGAAGAGUGCUAAAAAAUCCGAGGAAAAGAGAGAUCCUCCUAGCUUUUCCAAGAUUCCACCUGCGUUGCUCCAUCUAGAUGAUAUAGAAGAUGUGAAGACGAAGAACAAGAUUGUCAAGUUUGCGGAGGAGCAUUUUCCUGGAUUUUUGGAAUUGAAUAAAUAUGUGGUUUGGUUGGAGCCUGGGGAAAUGUUAUAUCUUCCUGCAGGGUGGUUUCAUGAGGUUUCGAGUUUUGCUUCUAGUGAAGGGAGUAACAAUGUUAAAGAUAGGGCUCAUAUUGCUAUCAAUUAUUGGUUCAUUCCUCCAAACAGUGAUGAGUUUAAAAAAUGCUACAGUGAUUCAUAUUGGACUGAAGAUUGGGAAAGGACCCAAAAAGCAAUUGACCUAGUUAGAGCUGGAGAAGUGUAUUUAAAUGACGAUCAAGAAGAGGAAGGCUCAGAUGAAGAGAAUUACGGAGAUGAUGGUGACAAUGAAGACAAGGAGGAUGACGACCAGGGGGAUGAUGAAUAA